CCGCAUCGGAUCCCGCCGACCCCUCCCCUCCGACUCCCUGCGUCCGCUAGUCCCCCCGCGCUCCAAACCCUAACACCAAUCCGGAACAGCCGAAACAGUUCGCAAAAUUCGCUCGGAAUUUCUCUCCAAACUACUCCCGGUUCCUCCUCUGGGUGGUGAUGCAAUGAUGCACAUGCUGGUGGCCCCGGAUGGGGGCGGAGGGGAGCUGCAGCAGUACGCCGCGCCGCCGGCAGAGCAGGAGCUGGAGCUCCACCGCGACAACGCCGACGACGGCCUCGACGGCCACGUGCGAAACGGUUUUGGUUAAAGCGUGGUGUUUGAAUCUGUCAUUCAUUUAUUGUGAUUCGAUCAGGUGCCUGCGGUGUGGGAUAUCCGGCAAUGCAACGCCCCAUAUGCGGCGUGGCCCUGAUGGCCCAAGAACUCUUUGCAAUGCGUGUGGCAUUGCUUACAGGAAGGGGAAAAUGAGAAGAAUGAUAGAAGCUGAACCACCGAUAGAUGAGGCUGCGCUUGCGAAGCUGGUUCCAGAGGUUGGCAUGGAAUUUGAGAGUGAGGAAAAGGCAUACGAAUUCUACAAUAAAUAUGCUGGCCAUGUUGGCUUUAGUGUUCGGAAAAGUACAUCACACAAAUCUUCUGAAAAUAUUACCAAAGUAAGAACUUUUGUAUGCUCAAGAGAAGGUUACAAUAGGGAUAAAAAAUCAUUGGAAGCCAAGAAACCAAGGUUGGAUACACGAAUUGGUUGCCCAGCAAGGUUGAUUAUUAAAGUCACACUAGAUUGCAAAUAUAGAGUAACUGAUUUUAAAGCAGACCACAAUCAUCAGUUGGCCCCUCCUUCGACGAUGCAUAUGUUAAGGUCACAGAGGAUAUUAACAGAACUUCAGUCUGGAGAAGCAGAACUAUCAGAUGAUUCUGUAGUGACACCAACAACAAAAGCAACUGGUGAUCUUGUAGUGAGACAAAUUGGAUUCCUUCGAAGUAUCUCUCUCCUUCCAGCAGAUUACAAGAAUUAUCUCCGCUCCAAGCGUAUGAAAGCUAUGCAACCUGGUGAUGGUGGAGCGAUAUUGAAAUAUUUGCAGACAAUGCAAAUGGAUAACCCCUCUUUCUUUUACACUAUGCAGAUUGAUGAGGAUGACAAGCUGACCAACUUCUUUUGGGCAGACCCAAAAUCUAGAGAUGACUUCAACUACUUCAGUGAUGUGCUCUGUUUAGACUCAACAUACAAAAUAAAUGGAUAUGGCAGACCACUUGCAUUAUUCCUUGGUGUGAAUCAUCAUAAACAAACAACUAUUUUUGGUGCAGCUAUGCUUUAUGAUGAAUCAUUUGAGUCAUAUAAGUGGCUUUUUGAGAGUUUUAAGAUCGCCAUGCAUGGGAAACAGCCUGCUGUAGCUUUAGUAGAUCAAUCGAUUCCGCUGAGUAGUGCAAUGGCAGCAGCCUGGCCAAAUACUACUCAACGAAUUUGUGCUUGGCAUGUAUAUCAGAAUUCUCUUAAGCACCUCAAUCAUGUCUUCCAAGGUUCAAAGACAUUCACUAAGGACUUUAGCAAAUGUGUCUUUGGCUAUGAGGACGAGGAUGAAUUCUUGUUUGCAUGGAGAAGUAUGCUGGAAAAGUAUGAUCUUAGACAUAAUGAAUGGCUGUCUAAAUUGUUUGAUGAGAGGGAAAGAUGGGCCUUGGCAUAUGAUAGACAUAUAUUUUGUGCUGACAUCAUAAGUGCGCUUCAAGCCGAGAGUUUCAGUAGUGUUUUGAAGAAAUUCUUGAGUCCUCAGCAGGACCUGUUGUCCUUCUUCAAGCACUAUGAAAGAGCAGUAGAUGAACAUCGCUAUGCUGAACUGCAAGCUGACUUCCAAGCUAGUCAGAGCUAUCCAAGAAUACCCCCAGCCAAGAUGUUAAAGCAAACUGCUCAUACAUAUACACCAGUGGUGUUUGAGAUCUUUCGUAAAGAGUUUGAGCUAUUCAUGGACUCUGUGUUAUUCGGUUGUGGGCAAGUUGGGACUACCUCUGAGUACAAGGUUGCUCCAUCUGAGAAACCCAAGGAACACUUUGUUAGAUUUGAUUCAAGCGAUUGCUCCUGUGUCUGCACUUGUGGGAAGUUUGAGUUUAUGGGUAUCCCAUGUUGUCACAUGUUGAAGGUGCUGGAUUACCGAAAUAUCAAAGAGUUACCUCAAAAAUAUCUGCUGAAGCGAUGGAGAAGGACCGCCAAAUCUGCAAAUGAAGACAACCAAUGCAAUGCAGCAAAUGCUAAUGGUCAUCAUUGAAUGCCCCUGUUCCUCUGCAAAU